CUCCAGCGUGGCCUUGACGGGCAUGGGCUGAUAGAAGCACUCCUUCAGGCCAGCGGGAAGGGUGAUGGUGAAGUCGCUGUCCAGCGAAGGCGAGAAGCCCGACACAGCUAGCGGCGGCAGUGCCACCGCGGCCCAGAUUAGAGAUAAGGGUAUCCAGACCCUAGGCUCGUCCAUCUCGACCGGAAUGGUCAGUAACUGGACAGACUCGGGACCUUCGGGCUACUUGCGGCGGUGUCCGUCUUCUGUUCACUGCAGGCUCCCGAUGUCCGUCCAGAGGUCGCCUCCUGCCCCCGCUUCGAAGACCCCACCGGCCCCGCUCCAGGUUUCAGCCCUAGACCUAGCAGUUCCUCUCACCGAAGGCCGCGCCCCGUCCGCACUUGGGUGGGGAAUAGAAGGCGGAGCCACCGCCCCUUACUACUGGGAGCCCAAUAUCUUUUCGCCGCCGCCUCCGCAGUCGCCUCCAGCCAAAGCCAACUGCCAAGUGGACCCAGCUUCACUGGAAUACUAUAAAAAAGAAAAUGAAGAAGAAAAUCUGUUAGCAAAUGUUACUUCAUUAAGAAAUGAAUUGAACAGAACAGAAUGGAGUUUGCAGAAUUUAGGAGAAGAGCUUUCUAUUCCAGCUGACAAUUCUGAGAGUAGCAUCCAUCUAACAAGGUUCGAAAGACUCUCAGUGGAUGAUCUUGUUCAACCUCUCUACUCUGGACCUGGACCUCAUAAAACUGUUGGUAAAAUAACUUACAGCAAUAGUGAUCUCCAAAGAAAAUCAAGAGACAAGUCUUAUGUUGCAUCUUCUGCCACUAACCCAAGUGUGGAUCAGGAAAAUAGAGGCCUUCGGGAGAAACUGAAUAAACUUCGGCAGCAUAAUGCUUCUUUGAUCUCUCAGAAUCAUGCCUUAAUGAACAAAAUAGAAUCUCUUAAUUUUGAGCUGACACAAUCAAGAACAAAAAUCUGUGUUCUUGAAGCUACUCAGUCACAGAAUUUUAGCAUCCCAAUUUUGGAAGAACAAAUUAUAAAUUUGGAAGCAGAAGUUUCAGCCCAAGAUCAAGUUUUGAGAGAAGCAGAAGAUAAAUUAGAACAGAGCCAGAAAACAGUGAUUGAAAAGGAACAAAGUUUACAGAAAACUAAAGAGGAAUGCUCAAAAUUGAAAUUGGACUUGCUUGAACAAAACAAACAAGGAAAGAGAGUUGAACAGCAAAGGAAUGAAGCAAUGCAUAAUGCUGAAGGAUUGAGCAAAGCUUUCAAACAGUAUAAAGAAAAAGUAGCAGAAAAGUUGGAAAGGGUUCAAGCUGAAGAAGCACUAUUAGAGAAAAAUCUAGUGAACUGUGAAAAAGAAAAUAAAAGGCUUCAGGAAAAAUGUGUUAUGUACAGGGGGGAACUGGAAUCCAUGAAAGACAAGCUAAGGGAAUUAAAGGAUGAAAAUAAUAAUGGAAAAGAAAGAAUAAGGGGUAUGAUUUUGAAAAACUCUGAGAUCAUGUCACAACUAAGUGAGUCUAAACAAAACAUCCUAAAGUUGGAGAGUGCAUUAGAGGACAAAGAAGAAAUUCUUAGAGAAAAACUUGCUCUUGUGAAUGAGAACAGAGAAUUAAAAGCUCUUAUUGCAAAACAAAAUGAGCGACUCAUUUUGUGUCAGAGAGAAAUUGAAGAUUCAAGGCAAGAACUAAGCAGUUUGGAGAUAAUUAUUUCCCAGUUGCCAUUUAACAGAGAAAUGCUUAAUUCUAAAACAUGUAUCUGUAAGCAGCCAGAAGAAAUGUUCUCAACCAAGGAAGAAUUCUGUGUUUCUUGCUGUGAGCUAAAUAAAUCAGUGAUCUCAAACCUUAGGAUUAAGCUUGCAAUGAAAGAGGCAGAAAUUAAUAAACUUCAGACAAGCCUAUCUACCUGUCAGUUUUCUGGUCAUUUUUUUGGUGAUGAUGAGAUGCAGGAAUGUGGGAAAUUAAGUGGCUUAGAAACAGAACCUGUAAAAUUAAGUGGAAAUCAAGCAACAGACCAUAUCCAAUGCCAAAAGCUGCAUACGGCAAGCAAGCAUUUUGAGAGAGAAAAGCAGAGGCUUGCUGCUGGCAUAGAAGAGUUACGUGCCAAAUUGGCAAAAACAGAAUCGGAGAAUUCUGGAUUAAAGGCUGACAUGGCUCACAGGACCAGUCAAUUUCAAGUGAUACAAGAAGAAUUAUUGGAGAAAGUAACCAGCUUUAGUAAAAUGGAAUCCGAAAUGACAAGAAAAUGUUCUCAGAUUCUCACACUAGAGAAACAACUAGAAGAAAAGACAAUUGCUUAUUCUUCAGUUGCUGCAAAAAAUUCUGAACUGGAACAGGAACUUGUGGAAAAGAAUGAAAAGAUACAGAGUUUGGAAUCAGAUAUGAAUUCAAAACAUGAGAAAAUUUGUUUAGCCUUUGAAAAGGCAAAGAAAAUUCAUUUUGAACAGCACAAAGAAAUGGAGCAUCAGAUUGAACUAUUUCAAAUUCAGCUAGAAAAGAAAGACCAACAAUUUAAAGAACAAGAGAAGACCAUGUCCAUUUUGCAACAGGAUAUAGUAUGUAAGCAACAUCAUGUUGAAUCACUGGAUAGACUCUUGCUGGAAAAAAGAGGGGAGAUGGAAAAACAAAAUAUCAAGAAAGAUGAAUCUUUGAAAAUGUUACAGAACCAAGUAUCUGAGGAAGCACUGAAAGUUAGACAGUUAGAGUCAGCCCUGGAUAUUUGUAAAGAAGAACUCGCUGUGCAUUUGAACCAACUGGAAGGAAACAAGGAAAAAUUUGAAAAACAAAUAAAGAAGAAGUCUGAAGAGGUGUAUUGCUUACAGAAAGAGCUAAAACUAAAAACUCAUAGCCUUCAAGAGACUGCCAAACAAAAUGUUAUCUUGCAGCACACUUUGCAACAACAGCAACAGAUGUUACAAGAUGAGACUCUAAGAAAUGGAGAAUUGGAAGAUGCUCAAGCUAAGCUUGAAAAACAGGUAUCAAAACUGGAACAAGAACUUGAAAAACAAAAAGAAAUUUCUACAGAAAAGUUGAGAAAAAUGGAGGAGAAACUCGACUCAGCCUCUCGUGAAGCAGAUUCAAAAAGACAGAAAGUUAUUGAGCUUACUAGUACUGCCAGGCACAUAAAAUUGGAGAUGGAUCAGUGCAAGGAUGAGUUGAUCCAAAUGGAGAAAGAAAUACUUCAUCUAAGGCGGGAUGGAGAUAAUAAAGCAGUCCAGUUAAAUCAUUUAGAUAUGACCUUAGAACAAACACAGACAGAACUAGAUAAAAAAGUGAAAGCUGUGAAAGAGUUAGAAAAACUACAGCAUCAAUAUCAAAAAGAUCUAAAGGAAGCCUUGCAGAAACGAGAAGAGCUAGAGUCUGAACUACAAAAUGCUCACAUUGAAUUGAAAAAUACUUUAAAACAGCUACAAGAAUUGCGAGGUGUACUACAGAAUGCUCAAAUAUCUCUAGAGGAAAAAUAUUCCACUAUAAAGGAUCUCACAGCUGAACUCAGGGAGUGCAAGCUUGAUAUUGAGGACAAAAAGCAAGAACUUCUUAGCAUGGACCAGGCACUAAAAGACAGAAAUUGGGAACUGAAGCAAAGAGCAGCUCAAGUUUCACAGUUGGAUGUUACUAUUCGUGAACAUAGGGGAGAAAUGGAACAAAAAAUAAUUAAAUUAGAAAGUAGUUUGGAGAAAACAAAACUAGAACUUAAAGAAUCUAAUAAACAGAAGGAAGUUUUAGAAGAAGAUUUACAUAUUAGUAAAGACCAGCUUCGUGAAAAGGAAUUUGAAAUACUACAAAAUGAACAGGAGAUUAGUCAACUGAAAAAGGAAACAGAAAGAAAACAACAGAAAAUAUCAGAGAUCGAAAAUAUUGUGAAAGAGCAGGAACAGUGUAUUGCAGCCCAAUACAAAGAAGCAUUGGAUUUAGGGAAGCAGGUGAGGUUGGCAGAAGAGCAGAUACAGCAAACUCAGCAGGAGCUGUUGGAGACCCGCCGGCAGCAAAUCCAAGCACAGAGAGAAACUGAGAGACUUGCAAAUGAGCUAGAAGAAACAAAACAUCUUUCUAGAGAGAAGGAAGUACAUGCAAACCAUUUGGCUGAAGAACUGGGAGCUUCACAAGUACGUGAAACCCAAAUGGAAGCAAGACUACAAACAGAAGUAAAGAAACUGUUAUCAGAAAUAGAAUCACUGAAAGAAGUUUAUCAUCUAGAGAUGCUUACACAUCGAGAGAAUCGAACAAAGUGGAAGGUAUCCUCAGACAGUCAGAAGUCUUCAGUUCAUCAACUAAAUAUUCAAUUAGAGAAGGCAAAACAGGAAUUGGAAGAGACUCAGGAUACUUUAAGCAAUCUGCAUAAACAAGUACAGGAUAAGAAUGAAGUGAUUCAAGCUGCUAAUGAAGCACUGCUUGUUAAAGAAUCUGAGGUAACUAGAUUGCAAGCCAAACUUUCUGGACGCGAAAGGAGUGAAGGCUUUAAACAUCUACCAGCCUCCUUUUUGUCUCCUACUGAAAUUAUGUAUAAUAUUCAAGAUGCGAAGGUUUUCAAACAUCCUCAUCCAUCACUUUACAAAUCUAGGAAAUUACGUCGCUCUAUUAGCGCCAGUGACCUAAGUUUUAAGACUAUUGACAAUGAAGAGCUUUCUGAAGAGCUCAUAGAGGACCUAAAACAAGCACUCAUUCAAAAUCCUUUACCAACAGAAGAAGAAAGUAAAAAAGAUGCACUUUAUACUCCAUCAGACUUACUUGUCUCACUGACAUAUGAGGCAGAUGAAGAGGAAGCUUCUCAGAGUAAUGACUUCAGUACGCUUAGUGGAAUGCUAAAAUACAUAAACAAAGAAGUGAAGCUGUCAAAAAGGUCUUCUGUAUCAGCAUUUGGUACAAAUCAGUUCCACAGGGGAAGAGUUAAGAAGAUGGCAAAAAGUCAGAAACACAGAAGAGAAAUGGAAGGGUGA